AUGGAAUGCACUGGUCCAAAACUUGAAGAGUGUUCUAAAUGUCAAAAUGGGACAUUCAAAGACAACAAAAGUGGGUUUUGCACAAAAGCAGUUGGGUGUAUUGAUUACAGUGACAACACUGGGUGCCAUUCAUGUCAAGAACAUUUUAUCCUCAAUGGGUCGUAUUGUGUAUACCAAUGUAAUGGAUGUGAAGAUGGAUUUUGUAGUAUUAGUUACUGCAGCAAAUGCACCAAGUGGAUAAAAGCAUCGGAUGACAAUGGGGACUGUUUUAAUGUCUCUGGUACUAAGGUAGCACUAAUCACAAUAGGAAUUCUGAUAAUAGUGGUAAUUGUAGUAGCCACUGGGUGCAUAGCACUAAUGUAUGCACUCAAGUUUAGAAAACCCAAAACGCAGAUAUAUAAAGAGGUGGUUUAA